AUGAUAGACUUGUAUCUGGUCCCCAACAAUCCCGAGCGUACGACGCUUGUCUCCACAGUUGGCGUCGCAUACUACCAAGUCACGACGACAAAGUCGCAGCCGUUUGGUGGGCCAGCCAUUUCGCGGAUCAGGAAGCCUGCAGACACGGAGGGCGAGAGCAUCGUCGCCGAGAUCCAUUGGAGAAGAUGGGGCGCGCACCCAAUUGUGCGGAGCAGGGUCUUCGAUGGCUCUGAGCAGGAGCUGCUGGUCAAGGAGCUGCUCUACAAGGCGGGGAAUCGCUUCAGCCCGACGCGGUAUUUCCUGGGGAACGAUGAUGAGGUGUAUCGGUGGAAGAUAGUCAAAGGCAUCGGAUCAGUGCUAAGCAACAACUCUACUGGGACAGAAGUUGCACGUUACACCCAGGACGAUAUCAAAGACGGUUUCUUCAAAGGAGAGAAGAAGUGGUAUCUGCAGAUCCAACCUUCAACUCUGAGCGUGGACAUGAUCGUGACCACAUUCAUGAUCAUGGAGAAGAAGCGACGUGACCGUGUAGCCGACCAUCACGUUGUACGUGUUUCAGAGCACGACGAAGAUCCUGCAGAAGGAGGUGGUGCGGAGAGCUGA